ACCAAAACAAAACAAAAACGCUCUACGAAUUUUGAAACUUGUGCGAAUUUCAUUUUCUCGAUGGCGAAGAACAUUUUGGUUACCGGCGGCGCUGGCUACAUCGGGAGUCAUACUGUGCUUCAACUGCUAGAAGGUGGUUACUCCGCCGUCGUUGUUGACAAUUACGACAAUUCCUCCGCUGCUUCUCUUCAGCGCGUGAAGAAACUCGCCGGCGAAAACGGCAACCGCCUCUCCUUUCACCAGGUGGAUCUUCGAGACAGGCCUGCGCUUGAGAAGAUUUUCUCAGAAACUAAGUUUGAUGCAGUGAUACACUUUGCUGGACUUAAAGCAGUAGGUGAGAGUGUGGAGAAGCCUCUGCUCUAUUAUAAUAAUAAUCUUGUUGGUACUAUUACUCUUUUGGAGGUUAUGGCUCAAUACGGCUGCAAAAAUCUUGUGUUUUCAUCAUCAGCUACUGUCUAUGGCUGGCCUAAAGAGGUUCCUUGCACUGAGGAGUCACCAAUUUCUGCCACAAACCCAUAUGGCCGUACAAAGCUUUUUAUCGAAGAGAUUUGCCGGGAUGUACAUCGUUCUGAUCCUGAAUGGAAGAUCAUAUUGCUUAGAUACUUCAACCCUGUUGGUGCACAUCCUAGUGGUUACAUUGGUGAAGAUCCUCUUGGAGUUCCCAACAAUCUCAUGCCUUAUGUCCAACAAGUUGCAGUUGGCCGGAGACCUCACCUUACUGUCUUUGGAACAGACUACAAGACAAAGGAUGGUACAGGGGUUAGAGAUUACAUUCAUGUCAUUGAUUUGGCGGAUGGACAUAUAGCUGCUCUGCGCAAGCUAGAUGAUCUCAAAAUCAGUUGUGAGGUAUACAAUCUCGGAACGGGUAAUGGAACAUCGGUUCUAGAAAUGGUUGCUGCCUUUGAAAAAGCAUCCGGAAAGAAAAUCCCGUUGGUGAUGGCUGGACGACGUCCUGGAGACGCUGAAGUGGUUUACGCCUCAACGGAAAAAGCAGAACGCGAACUGAAUUGGAAGGCUAAGUAUGGGAUAGAGGAGAUGUGUAGGGACCUAUGGAAUUGGGCAAGCAAUAACCCUUACGGCUACAAUUCCUCCUCUAAUGGCUCCUCUUCAUAAUUCUCCUUUUUUAUUCUUAUUUUACCUUUUUGCUUACUUAUUCAUAUAAACAAACACAUGAAAAAGGAGAGGCUGACAAGUACCCAAACUUUAGAAGAAAAUUGGGGAAAAUUC